GCAACGUUACAGUGGAGCCAUAGUCUGCGCGGCAAGUCAUUGAAUUCAUCGCCAGAACCUGUGACUCUCCCUCUCUAACCAUCAGCCAUGCCUUUUCUCCAUUCAAAUCAUCAACCAAAACCCUGAAAAAGCUUACACUAUCAACAAUGUCACUCACUUUAUCACAUCAGCUCUUCAUAAACUCACUACCCUCUUCUCGUUCCUCACUCUUCUUCGCGACCAACCCCAGAAACCCUAACCAUUUCUCUCUUUUAUCUCCAAUCACCUCCCGCAGUCUUAUCCACAUUUCCCAUAGUACCCCCUUCACUUUCACUCCCAAAUUUUAUCACUCUCUCAAACCACCCAGCUCUCACAACCCCAGUAUCACACCACAGACACAUGAAAGUUUCAAUCUUGAUUCCGUUUUGUCAGUGUUUGAAUUUGUUUGUCUUGUAUCUUCUCUGGUGAUUGCAAUUGGGUUUUUUGUGAAUUAUUCAAUUUUAGGGACCAAAGUGUUGGUGGGUUUAAUGGGGAAGAGGGUGUUAGCGAGUGGUGUGGUGGCGUUGGUGUGUGGGGUGUGGACAGGGGCGGUACUACGGUGGCGGCAAUUGUGGCGGAUCGGGAGAGAGAAGGGUGGAGCUGUGGGAAGUGGGAGUGUGAAUUUGGUGGAGAGAAUUGAGAGAUUGGAGGAGGAUUUGAGGAGUUAUGCUACAAUUAUUAGGGUUUUGUCUAGGCAACUUGAGAAGUUGGGAAUUAGGUUCCGAGUUACUCGCAAGGCUCUUAAAGAGCCCAUUACUCAGGCUGCAACUUUGGCCCAAAAAAAUUCUGAGGCAACUCGAGCAUUAGCAAUGCAAGAAGACAUUCUUGAGAAGGAGCUGGGAGAAAUUCAGAAGGUUUUGCUUGCCAUGCAGGAGCAACAGCAAAAACAACUUGAGCUGAUACUUGCUAUUGGGAAGACUGGGAAGUUAUUUGAAAGCAAGCGGGAAUCUAAUCAAGAACUGGAUACACUCAAAACGUCAAAUAUUGUUGAUGUGGCUGAACAAAUGGAAACCCCAAAACUCAAGCUACGGUUCAGGCAGGGGAAGCAACAAUGA